GGAAAGCUCUCCAAUCUCCGCGUGCUCAGCGGGACGCUCGACUGAACAGCGACAGUGCUGAAGAUAGCGCUGUCUGCCGCUGUGCCCUCUGCCACUGUCCGUGGUCCUGAAGUCAAAUGCGUCCCCUCUUACUCACAAGGGCGAUGUAAAGCGCCGCUGUUCUGCACGCUCCUCUUCACAAAAUUGGCGGUAUAGGCGGAGGACUUGAAUCGGGGCUUUUUCGCCUCAGCUUAUUCAACUAACGAGAAUCAAGCUAUGAUUGGUAGGCUACCAUAUUCUCUGCUUCUUCCCGGAGAGUGCGCACGGAAAAGUGUGGACAAAUAAAAUAUCUUUAGUAGGCUAAACAACUUUUACUGGAGAUGCUGGGUUUAAACUUGUUUUCUUUUAGUUAUUUUUUCUCUUCUUAAAGGUGUAUCUUCCAGAGUUUGGGUCUAUUGUUCAAAUUGUACUCGCUGCUGGAUGUAUGUUACAAUGCAUAAUUAUGUUUUUGAUCUACCUGCAGCAUUUGGAAGUUGAUUGAAAUGACUCUCACUGCCGUGGACGACUAUGAGUAGCCUAUUGGCAAAAAUAGAAGGCAAUAUAAUUUCGUACCAUUUUUUUUCAAGGCUUCUUUUUCACACAUCAGUACCUAUUGUUAUCUUUAUCUACGGGAAAUACGGGAUUCUCUGAGUCAUGUAUCAGAUUGAUUUGUGUGUGCAUAUCACAUCGCUCGCGCUGCUCCGAAGUCAUCCGUACCGAAAAUGGUCUCGUUUCUAACUGCUUUUACGCGCAACAACAGCAACUGAAGGGGGAUUAUAUUUUUAACUGGAGCCUGUUGGUUUAAUCCAAUGGUCAAUCUGGAAGUUAUUGGAUCUUGUGUUUAAUCCAUUCUACUGGGUUUGGAUCUCUGUUGAUCCCGACUCCAACUAGUGUAACCGAACAUUUCAACGCGGAAUACCGCGGCGAAGGAUGGGCCCUCUCUUUCCAACACCCUGCAUUGUCCUCCUCGUCCUCCACGCCAUCUUGUCACCAGCCUCCCUCAGUCCCGAGGAUUACGCCGCGGACGAGGCAGAGCGAACUGCCAACAGCGACAACAUAAUUUUCGACGAUUACCGGGGGAAGGUUUGCGUGGACGACAGUGGAUUUGUUUACAAACUGGGGGAGCGUUUCUUCCCAGGACACUCGAACUGCCCAUGCGUGUGCACUGAGGAUGGGCCAGUGUGCGACCAGCCGGAGUGCCCCAAGAUACACCCUAAGUGCACAAAAGUGGAGCACAAUGGAUGCUGUCCUGAAUGCAAGGAGGUUAAAAACUUUUGUGAAUACAGGGGGAAAACUUACAAGAUCCUGGAGGAAUUUAAGCCUUCGCCUUGUGAGUGGUGUCGCUGUGAACCAAAUAACGAGGUGCACUGUGUGGUCUCUGACUGUGCCGUCCCAGAGUGUGUCAACCCAGUCUAUGAGCCAGAACAGUGCUGUCCCGUCUGUAAAAACGGUCCAAAUUGCUUUGCCGGAACGACGAUCAUCCCAGCCGGUAUUGAAGUGAAGGUAGAUGACUGCACCAUUUGCCGCUGUCACAAUGGGGACUGGUGGAAGCCAGCACAGUGCCUGCGCCGGGAGUGCCUCAAUGGCCAGACGUUGUCAUAGAAACCCCGGCGGGGACGGUGUCGGUGACGUGCAGCAAGGGAGCGGUCCUGCCUGCUGCAAAGGCAAACAAACAAACAAAACGCUCAUCUUGUAUGAUUGAUAGGAUGGACAGGAGAGGAGCACAAUUCCUUGGCAACAUUGACUAGGAGACUGCAUAACAAGCUGAAAUGAAAAGCUCUCGUACUCCGUACCUACACACCACCACUACCACAACUUUAACCACAGAGGAGCGGAGAGAGCAGGAGGAACUUUUCUUGAGACUGUUUUUUUGUCUUCUGUUUUGACUGUGUGACUAUUUAUAUUUUCUGAUAACUACUUACUGCUUAUGCUGCUUAUAAACAUGUUUAUAUAUUUCAUGAAGUAAUUUCCACCAAACCAUUAGCACUGUUAAACAUGGUCAGAUGUGUUCUGUCAUCUGCUUACU